AGAGCCAUCUAUUCACAGUAAGCUCUUUGAUCGUCGAGUUCGCUAGGCGCGUGGCCAGUAGUACGGCGACUUCCCAGCGGUGCAGGCGUGUGAUAAGCUAGAACCUGGCGUUUCUCGUGUGUCUGAGUGCCGUACGCGCAGGUUAGUUUUUUGAUUGUAACGUACAUUAAAUUCACAUCAAAGUAAACGGCAUGCUGUCAGUAAUUUGCAAAGGAGUAUUUUUGUCAAAAGAUUCUUUUUGCGAAUUUAUCUUCUGUUUUUAAUCUUUAAUAGCUAUGCAAUCCGUAGGUGAAAUUAGGAAUAUAUAAACAAGUCAGAAACGUUAUAGGAACACAUGUGCUGUGAGAAAAAUAAGGCUUGUUUGAAGGCAGAUUUGCUUUUCUUAUGUUUUCGUUUUUGAAUCAAGGGUCAGUGCAAUAAAUAGUGAUUUAUUUUUGUUUGAGUGUAAAAGAUCUGUGUUACGUUAAAUAUUCUGUGUAUUUUUGUGCAUCCAUGAGCCGUUUUAUUCCAAGAGACUGCAAGACCGAUUGCUCUAAGAAGUGCGCCGUCAUUUGUCACCAACGGGAAGCACAAGAUUCUCUGCCACCUAGAAGAAACAAAAAGAAGUUUCAUCAUUGGUGUUGUACUGUUUUGGAAAUAGAUUCCAUAAGUGUUUUGUCUCCACCAUUUCUGCUUCUACAGCUAUUAUUGUUGAGUCAGAGUGGAUUACAUCAUAAAAAACUAGAUGCUGGCCGUGUGGUAUCACACCAAGUCCGUCGGAUCAGGCAUCCAAGUGACCUCUCAUCUAGUGGCAGCAUUUGUGGUGAUACUCGUGUGCGGAAUCUUCGCCCAAGGUAAAGGAAGCAGCGACUUGAUGAUUCCCCCCAGACACCGACCAUAUUUUGAGAGGAAGCAUUCCCAGCCCCAGUAUGCCGGCGUCCCUACAAACGACGUCAGAAAUUCGCUGUACCGGGAGGCGUCGACAAAGGAUGUGAGCCAGGCAGUGAGUUUCGUGGACAAGAAGCUCUUUUAUAAUGGUCAUGUGAUGUCUCGUCGCAAUGCCAUGGACGACUCAGAAGCGAGUAAAUGCAAGGCGUUUGAAGUGGGGAAUCCCGAGCGAGGGGAAUUCUACUCGCCCAGCUAUCCAGAUAACUACCCUAACAACAUUGAAUGCACCAAAUUACUGGAAGCGGAGCCCGGUCACUUGCUGAAGCUGGACUUCAGGAACAAGUUCGACUUGGAAUACAGCAAAAACUGCACGUACGACUUCUUGGAGGUUCGGGACGGUCAACAUGGCUACGACCAGCUGAAGCACAAAUUCUGCGGCAACACCUUCCCAGAUAUUAUCGAAUCCUCUUCUCGAUAUCUCUGGCUGCGAUUCAAAUCAGACGAUUCUAUCGAAGGAGCCGGGUUCACUGCUGUGUACGAGUCGGUUUUGCCUGAACCAGGUGGGAAGCUCGUGGAGAUGCCCGCAUGCAAGAUCUAUUCGGAUGGAUACGAGGGCUGGUUGAACACCAGCUACAUAAAUCCUUCUUAUUUGGACAAGACGAGUCAGCUGACCAGACCCAUUGACUGCAUGUGGACUGUCAAUGUGACGGAGGGAUGGAAGAUCCAGCUGGUUUUCAAAACUUUCAACCUGUUCAAGCCAAAUGACUGUCAGAAAAACUUCGUAGACAUUUUCUCUCCAACUACCGAUGUCAAGUCCCGAGUCAAGACGUUCUGUGGCGCUAUUGCAGAUGUUGUGAACUCGGAGAACAAUAUUCUCUACGUCCGUUUCUUUGCGGAUUCGGAUGCCAGGAACUCGACGUUCUCGUCUCUCUUCACUGCUUACAGAGAAGCUAAGAAGAACGACGAAAAUGAUGGGCGCUGUAAGAGCGACGAGUUCGACUGUCAGGACGAGCGCUGCAUCAAGAAGGAACUGGAGUGUAACGGGAACGAGAACUGUCGGUUCCGAUGGGACGACGACGAACAUUGCAUACCGCAGACUGGAACUCUGGCAGAGACGCUAAAGAAGGACCACGUCAUCAUCAUCCUGGUGAUAUUCUGCCUCAUCCUGUCCGGCAUGUGCUUCACAUUCCUCUUCAACUGCGUGCGGAAACUAAUUCAUGACCACAGUAUCAUACAGGUUGUUUCAUCAUGUUGUCAUGAGUCGACUAUCGAUAUGUACCCCAUAUCGAUAGUCGACAUGGCGUCAAUUUCCCGCAGAAGAAACUGGUUGAUUCUCAUGUUACUUACCGGCGAUGCCUCAAAUGCUGAUGUUGAUUGAGGUGGGAAUAUGACAAAGAAUAAUGAAUAGGCAAGGAUAUGGAAGGAGGAGAUCACAGCCUAUUUCAAUAUUAUAUCCCGGAAUCAGCAACGAAGGACAGAAACAUCACGGGAAAACUACGGAGAUACUAAACGGGUACACCAAGAAUAUAGUUCUAGAGCGUUACCAUUGCAGUGACAUGUUCGGUCGUCCAUUUUAACAAAAAUAUACUCGGGCUUACAUUAUGCAACGAGGGGAUAUGGUAACAGAGCCACGCAGAUACAAUUGUUAGAUCCCGGACUUAAGGAACACAAAUUCCGAGAUAAUUAAAGUAAGUAAAGUAAAGCACCUUAAAUUAAGUUUUCCAAUCCAUUAUUCAAUACCAUCCUAUGAUUCGAUAAUACAUACGAGUCUAAGUUGCUGACGGUGUCGUCUGAAUGAAGUAAACUUUGUUCUGAAUUUGGGAAGCGUAGGAAAUGAAUUCAGCCGUUGUUAGGAAGAACGAUUAGAAGAAAGCCUAAUCACGUGAUCUUGUUGAGCUGAACAGAAUAAGGAUGGCGAGUUGAAAGAGACACGAGAGACAAUACUCGAGAGAUUUUUACGUCGUUUGAACUGUGAGUAAUUCCACACAGAACAAUUUACUGGAACGAAAUAGAUAUUAUUUUGGACGGAGAUGUUUAGAGAACGGAAAACGAAGUGCAAAGAAUUAAAAGAAGACGAGAUAACAAGUACUUCAGAUACGGGAAUUUAACCUGCGCAAGGGAAACAAAUGAAAAGCGGAGCGUGCGUGUCCCCCCCCC